AUGCCUUGGACGAUCUGGCCCGCUCUGGUGGUGCUGUGGGGUGUUUGUUGGAUGUUCUAUGACGAGCCUAAGUGGAAUUGGGGAGACCAAGGCGACCUUCCGACAACCAGUAACACAACUGAACUAUUCGAGGGCAUUGAACCCGCCGAUCCAUUUCAAGGUGAUUCUCCCUCUUCCUUUUUAUCCAAUCUCGAUGACGUUAGCCGCGUUAUGUCUACAUGGAGUGAUGUUCAUUUCGCCCCACCAAACCCCGAACAGCGACUACAACUAUACGUACCUGAGCUCGCUACCAAUUGUGCUAUGGCGACAACCCCGGGCUCCGUACUGACUUCGUCGGUAGUGAACCCUACUGACGCUGUCAACCCAUCAAUCACCAACCACGGAGAUUUUAGUGAGAUCGUUGUCGCUCCUGGAUUCGCUCGAGCCACUAGCACAAUUCAACAAGUCACGGAAAAUGAAAGGCUACAAACAGCAGAUUCUGGACAGUUUUUACCCAUCAACACACUCAUUGUCCAUGGACAGGCUCGAGAUGAGCAGAAUGUACGCUCUCGAAACUCCAAGCAUGGCCAAACUGAAAAAUACUUCUGCAGCUUUUCAGACUGCAGCCGUUCUCAACCGGGUUCAGGCUUCUACCGCAAAGAUCACCUGAACCAACAUCUUCGUGGACUGCACAAACAGAAUUUGGUUCCCAGACCGCGUGUAGAAUCGGGGGCUGCAUCAAACGCUUGCAAGGCCACCGCCACGAAUGAAACCACAGGAGCUAUUGUACAAUCUAAGAAGCGCAAGAGCGAAAGCGAAGAGGAAUUCGGGCCACCACGGCAGAGUCGAGCUCUUCGAGGAGUUCGCAGAAGAGCGGAGAUUGCGCCUAUCAGCGGAGCAAGAAAAUCAGCGAUUGCGUCGGAAAAUGGAGAAUUAUGA